AUGCCUCCUUUGUCAAGAAAGAGACUGUCUAGAAAUGAUGUUAACCGUACGCUAAGAAAUCUGGUGAAAGCGUUAUCUAGUGUAAGCGCACCACGAGAGAGGUCUACGUCGGAAUUAGCAUCUGAAAUGAGCAAACGGAUUAGUCAGAGCAAACCCUCAACUUUCGAUGGUAAAGGAGAACCAUCGGAGCUUGAACUCUGGUUAAGAGAAUUUGACAAACUUUUUGAUGUAGUAGAAUGUCCAAAAGAAUUGAAGGUCAAUCAGGCUGCAUUUUAUUUGGCUGAGGGGUAUUUUGGUUGGGAAUUGUUUAAGAGGGCCAUGCGGGAGAAAUUCUAUCCGUUGCACGUAAGGAAAGAUAAGUCGAACGAGUUUGCGCGGUUAGAGAUGGGUGGUAUGAUUGUUGAUGAGUAUUACCACAAAUUUAUGGAAUAUCUCAAGUACUGUCCUGAUGAUGUUCCCACUAAAGAGAAGAAAAUGCAGCGAUUUGAGCUGGGAUUGUCGUAUGACAUUCAAAAACAUAUUGCAAGUGAUCGUUAA